AUGGCUCCGACAGAGCAGGAUCCCCUCCUGCUGCUCCGGCAAGCCAUCGCGGCAGGAAGCCCUGUCGUGCCAACUGCGUCCGACAGCGAGGUCAACCUCGCGCAAGCCACACAUUUGACAUUUUCAGUACCGUCAAGGAUAUCGCUGCCCAUAGACACACCCACGCGAUUCACCUCCAAUGACCAGCCCGUCGACCUGCGCAGUAUAUACUUUGCUUGGCUGAAGCGCGAAGUCGCCAUCCCCGAGUACAAUGCGUCUGCGUCGCAACUGAACGACGAGCUCACAAGCGGGCAGGUCCGCAAGUUUGCCUUUGUCGAGCGGCUCGACCUCAUCACAUGGCUGGAAGGCGCGAGUGAGGAGUCCGAGUACAUCAAACCAUUAGCGGGAGAUAGGGAUGGCGCCGCGUCGACGGCCGCUGCGGCGCUUGCUUCCAAGGGUGCUGCUGCGCCGGCCAUUGGCGCGACAGUAGGGCGGUCAGGCAAGGGGACGUUGGAUCCGAGGCUGGCAGUGAUAUACAACAGCGAGCGCAAGCUCGGUGACCGCAACAGUGUUCUCAGGGGCAUAAAACCCACAGACUUCUCCCACGUGCGCAAGCUCGCUGCGCCGCUCGUCUCCAAGAAGCCGUCGCAACCAACCACCACAAACAUUUCCUCGAAUCCCACCCUUGCGACACACUCGAAGCCCAAGCGGCCCGACCCCAUCAUCUUGCUCUCACCAUCCGCCUCCUCGCUGCUGCGCAUGUCAAAUAUCAAGUCGUUCCUCGAGGGUGGACAGUACAUCCCGCCAGACUCGGAAGCCGCGAGCUACACGGGCGCCAGUAUGCUGCACAUCAACAGGCUGAUGAAGGACAUUGAUCCCAACCGGCCGAUGCGCUUCAUCCUGGUCGAGGGCCCCGAGCAGUUCAAGCCCGAGUACUGGACGCGCGUGGUUGCCAUCUUCACGACGGGCCAGAGCUGGCAGUUCAAGAGCUACAAGUGGAGCAACCCGCAGGAGCUGUUCCGCCAUAUCCCGGGCAUAUACCUCGGCUGGCGCGGCGAGCAGCCGCCUGAGAACGUCAAGUCGUGGGGUCACCGGGUGAUGACGAUCGGCAUCGACAGGUGGAAGGGCACAACCACCGGACCGGACCCGAGCCGGUGGCGAGACCGCGAGAUUGUCGAGGACGUGUGGAAGGCCAUUGAGGGCAACAUGCGCAGUAAGGGCUGGAGGCGAGACCAGGCGCCGGCGUCGAUAUGA